AUGAAUACUCACGCCUUGCGCGGCACGCAAUCUUCAAAUUCUGAUAUCCUUUCACAACAAUUAGAGUUAUUGUGUUAUUCAAACUCGCGCAGUAUCCACAACUGGUUAUCGAAGAGUCGUCGGCGAUCCAUUAGAGAUGAGAUUGUAUCGGUGGAGGUAAAUGUUGAGGCGUUGCAUAUCGCGGAAGGAAGCGAGGGAGAGCAAAACAUGGAAGACAUAGGCAACACUUGUACUGCAAAACAUCUUCCCUCAGAACUACGGAUGCUCAAACAGCCCGACCUCACCGUUCUACCGUCUACCACAUCCGCACAUCGCUAG